UUUUCCCUGUCUUCCCAUCGCCCAAGCAGCCUUGCGGAAUCCAUUCCAGAACCACGUGUGCGCCUCUACAGAUUUGACUCGGGCUUCCCGCAUCAGGCAUCAUGUCUCUCGCACGUCUGGAUGAGUAGCAUCUUGCUUCCCUCAAACAAGCGAUGACUAACAUCCUUUCUUUACCACACGCCGAGUUCACCUACGCCCAAAUUGUGGACGGCAUGCCAACCAGCGACAUUUACAGAAGCGACCACUGGUACUAUGAGCACAAUGUUGCACUGCCAGUGGAUCAUCAGCAUUUAUGCCCUGGGAUAAUGAAAAAGACUCAAGCUUUCCGCGCGGAAUUCGAUAUCAUGUCUCUCAGGUUCGACACAAAGACAAUUGAUGCGUACCAAGGCACUGUUGUCGGGACUGUUGCUUAUCAACUGCGACUACUAGAGCUGGUCGUGAUCGCUUGUCAUGAUAUCGCUGGUUUUCUUUACCAGAUGGAUGACGGUGCUCACAAGCACGCAGAGUUCGAGACCUGGCACGCGGAAAAGCUUGAAUCACUUACAAGAACCAUAGAGAAUCCCACACAACUUCGAAUCCAACGUAGCAAGUACGGGCCACCUACGCCAUUCUAUCGAGGCGGCUGUUGGGCAUGGAAGAGAUAUCCUAAUGGCCUGGCAGAUGUUGCUGGAUACUGGGCAGAAUAUCAUAUCUUCGGUGGUACUGUUCUCUUUGACCGCGGAGAAACUGAGGAGGAGUGCAAUGGCAUAUACAUAUACGGCACGGGCGAUGUUUUCACCAUCGCACCGCCUUCCGAAAAGCAAUUCAACGAACUUUUGGAUUUCAUUUUAUCGCCAAACCCAGAUCACGGCCGCUGCCCUCUCCCUAUACGCAUCACAAAAGGAAACAAAUGGCGUUGGCAUCCCUACGAUGGGAUGGUUAAAUACCACAUAUAUAAAUUUCGCCACGAUGUCCCAGAAGGGGCGCGGCCGCGUGAUCAUUGCGUAAUCACCACGGUGGACUGGCCUGAAUCUGCUGACGAAGAUACUAUCCUGACUCAGUAUGAAAGACGCUUGAUGGGAGAAGGGGACCCUGAUGAGGAUUUGAUAAGGACGUGUCGGGAACGAUUGAAGCGAACAACUACUCCGACCUCCAGGUGCUACCACUGGAAUGAGGAGGAACAGGCGAAGUUGCAGCCCGAUCCAAAGAAACGAGGGCGCCCUCCGUACUUCUUUGACCCUUAA